AUUAGGCGCCUUUAUUUAACCCUAACUGAAAAACAGAAGAAUGUGUGACAAUUUUAAACAACGAGAAAAUAAAGUUUCACAUGAAUUCAUAAAAAGUGCAUAAGGAAGGUUGCUUCUUAUAAAUCCAGGAGGCUCGAGUAGACUGACUUGCCAUUCGACGUGGACCUUUCUUUAUAGGCCUCGUCGUCUGGACUACGGAGAGAUACUCCCUUGACGGCUUUCUGCCUCUGGCAAUUAAUGUUUCGGCACUCUCACAAAAUGCGCUUCCCACCUUUUUUUUUUUUUGCGUGUGCACUUUACAAGAUGCUCCCAUCUUUUCUGUUUUAGGCAUUGUUUUAGACAUUUGUUUUAGACAAAGUUCCCAUGUAACUCACAUAUCUCAGGCCUAAAGGCGCUUUGAGUCAUCUGGCCCGUCUGCAUCGCCUACAGGUGGCCGUGAGCUUGGGCAUGCUAGCGGCCUACGUUCUGGGUAGUGCUGCGUGGCAGAUGUCGGCGGUAGUGUUCGCCCUGACGCCGGUGUCAGUCUUUGCGCUGCACAACCACAUCGUCGAGAACCCGCGCUGGUUUUCGACCAAAGGCCGCUACCGUGACUCAAACACUGCCAUGGUGCGGCUUUACGGAGACGACGUGCCCACCGACUUCAGGUACAGCAGGACGGGAGACGAAUCGAACGUCUCGACAAUCGGCCGACAGAAGGUGGCCAGGAUGCUGUCGGUGUGCCUGCUGCUGAACCUGUUGCAGAACCUGUCGUGCGCGCAGCUCGUGCUGCUGCACGCCGUGCAGGCGGUGGGCCCCCUGAUAGACGUGACGUCGCCGCAGGAGUCAGCCUGCCUGGUUCUCGCCAUGCACGUCACCUGCACGACCCUGUUCGCCGCCCUGACCCGCUGCAUCGGCCGUCGGCAGCUGCUCAUCGUCUCAGCAGUGCUGGUCGCCGGCGUCCUGUCCGGCUUGCGUCCGUUCGAUAACGUCGUCAUCAGGUUAGGUCGCCCGUCGCGCAACCCCGACGAGCCCGAAACGAAGUGCGGGAACGGGGAGGGUUGGUGA